AGCAAGGAAGAGAGUGUGAAUCAUGUCAAGUGAAGAAGAAGCAACAGCAGCCAAUGUGUUGUCACAGAUGUCACAGAUCCAACAAAUCAGCUGUGAGACAAUUGAAGCUACGGUGAUAAAUGUUGGGCACCACUGUGACGUGGAGACAACUGCACCUCCACAAGGUUGGUUUAGCUUCAAACUUUCCAGAUUAAUAGGGAGAAUAGGUAAUUGGUGGAAUUUAAUCAAGGUGCUGCAUCAACAAACCCAACAUCAGAUUGGAUGAGAUCAACUCCUGUAACUCACUAAGGUUUGGGUUGAUAUCAGGUUCGGUCCUCUCCAGCAUUGGUUAGCAGUCCCUUCUGCAACACCAAGAAACUAACAGGACUUUGUAAAACUCCAGGUAGUGGUCUGGUUCAGUCUGACCACAUGCCAACACUGAUUAAGGCAACCUAGUUCCCAAGGUCCUCUCAUACUCAGCCCCAGGGGCAAAAGAGGGAGAGACUGAAAAACAUAAUGCAUAUUAUGGCAGUCGUGGUCGAAAUGCUUUGUGACUCAUUUCCAAAUAGCCGAAUGAUUUCAAUUGUCCAAGGAACACGUGACCAGAGUCUCUCUCCCUCGCCACAGGGACGGAGUAGGAGAGGACCCUGGGAAAGAGGUUAUGAUUAGGGGGAGACGGACUUGAUUACUUUUACUUCCUGUGUAUUUUUUUCCUUAUAUCAGUAAUGGAGAUAGUGCAAGCAGAGGUUCCAGAUGAGGAAGCAAAUGAAGUUCUCCAACAGGUCCAGUCAGCUGUGCAGUCCAUACAGCGACCAAAUAUGGUGGUCACCAAUGAUCAAGUGCGUUCUCAGCUUGACACUACUGUUGUGGCCGUGCUACCUGUUGCAGUAGCUCCAGCUAAUUCUGCUACGGGUGAGUUAAAGUAGGAAACACCUAUAAUGGAUUUAUAAGUCUUCUGGGUUUGUAGAAUUAAUAGAAAAGCAAGAAACGCUGCUGGGCACUGGCCAUCUUGGGACACAGGAAAUUAAAUGCAGAGUCGCACUUUGCUAAACUCACAUUCUACAUUGUACCUCUUAAAAAGCUGGGGUCAAUGUUGUUAUAAGAGCCUAUUUCUGCUGUUCCCCUCCCCCCAUAUUAGCUGUGUUGAUUUAGUUGAAACAAAACUUCAAAGUAUAACACCAACACUGCACUGGGCGGGAGGAGAGAGAGGAAAAAUGCGUCAUGUUGACAAGCUAUUGUGUUUUUGUCCUAAGAGUUUUGACCAGGGUUGUAGUAAUACACUGUGUAACACUGGAGUUGGGGGUGCGGAUAAAGGGGUGAAAACCUCCCACCUACUUUUCCUUGCAUUUCAUACUUAGCCUGCGAGCAAGCUCUCCUAUUUGGGCGAGUGAAGCGAGUCUCGCGAGAACGCGGCCCCUCACUCAAUUAAUAUAUAUGAUAAAUUGAUUGCAAAAUUUUCUCCUAAUUGCUCUUGCUUCUCACCCUUUAAGAACCCCCAUCUUCCAUCUUUUCUCUCCCACCUCCCAUUAUCGUUCCCGUUGUCCUAGUGAUAAGUUUUUAACUGAAACUUGUUUUCAUUUACAGCAACAAGGGUUGUUUCAAGUGGAGGUAAUUUUUUUUCUGUCUGUCAUAGUAACUCUUGUUGAAUGUUGUUUGUCAUUUUAAUAUCAGAUGUUUUUUGUGAAAUUGUAAUUGGAUCAGUGGAGCAGUCUAUGUGACUAAUCUCUACUCUUUUGUCUUCAAAAUGUGGGUGAAAACAGUUAUGCAGUGCAGUGACUUGAAAGAAAGUGAUAACUUCCUAACAAUUAAUUUCACGUUUGCCGCUUANAUUGUACCUCUUAAAAAGCUGGGGUCAAUGUUGUUAUAAGAGCCUAUUUCUGCUGUUCCCCUCCCCCCAUAUUAGCUGUGUUGAUUUAGUUGAAACAAAACUUCAAAGUAUAACACCAACACUGCACUGGGAGGGAGGAGGGAGAGGAAAAAUGCGUCAUUUUGACAAGCUAUUGUGUUUUUGUCCUAAGAGUUUUGACCAGGGUUGUAGUAAUACACUGUGUAACACUGGAGUUGGGGGUGCGGAUAAAGGGGUGAAAUCUCCCACCUUUUUUUCCUUGCAUUUCAUACUUAGCCUGCGAGCAAGCUCUCCUAUUUGGGCGAGUGAAGCGAGUCUCGCGAGAACGCGGCCCCUCACUCAAUUAAUAUAUAUGAUAAAUUGAUUGCAAAAUUUUCUCCAAAUUGCUCUUGCUUCUCACCCUUUAAGAACCCCCAUCUUCCAUCUUUUCUCUCCCACCUCCCAUUAUCGUUCCCGUUGCCCUAGUGAUAAGUUUUUAACCAAAACUUGUUCUCAUUUACAGCAACAAGGGUUGUUUCAAGUGGAGGUAAUUUUUUUUUCUGUCUGUCAUAGUUACUCUUGUUGAAUGUUGCUUGUCAUUUUAAUAACAGAUGUUUUUUGUGAAAUUGUAAUUGGAUCAGUGGAGCUUCUACUUGACUAAUCUCUGCUCUUUGUCUUCAACAUGUGGGUGAAAACAGUUAUACAGUGCAGUGACUUGAAAGAAAGUAAUAACUUUCUAACACUUAAAACUUAGCGUUUGCUGCUUACCGUUCUGUGGGGACUGAAAUCUUUUUAAAUGAUUCUUUCUGACUUGUAUUAAGGAGGAAGAGUUUACCCUUGUGAAUACUGUGGCAAAGAGUUCAACAAAUCAUACAAUCUCAAGACGCAUAUUCGUGUUCACACUGGGGAACGCCCUUAUCAGUGUGAUCAGUGUGGACAUGGAUUUGCUAACUUAGGAGAUCUCAAGAGACAUGCAAGAACGCACACUGGAGAGAAACCAUUCAAGGUAAGUCUUUUGCCAGUAAAAUCUCUACUUCACUGUGAGACCUUUUCUGAGAUGACUAAAGAGUUUUGAUACCUUAAACUAGGGAUCUGUUAAAGACUGUUUUAUAUUACUUUUAAAACUUAUCAAGACUCUUAGGCUAUGUUCAUACUAUACCAGACAUUUUUUAGCUGCCACAAAAAUCAUACUGGAUAGGGGUUAUGUUCACAAACAAAAAUUGUUGUGGCAGCACAAUUUCUGAAAGGGAGCGAAGCUGCGACGCGCUGGUCUCUAAACCCGAGUGUCACAUAUCGGUAAGGUCUUAAUACUUUACAGGGCUGUCAACGGUCCCCCCUCCCCCCCCUUCCCUCCACGUCCUCAAAUGUUGCGAAUUGAUAGAGAACUAGGGGAAGGGAUAAUAGAUGACAUCAUAGCGCACGACACAUGACGUAAUUUGUGCAAAAAAUACUUGUUGACCCCGAUCACCACAAAUUUGCAAUGGCACAAAACGCGCGAAAAAGAUGUUGUUAGCGUAAUAACAUUUGACCUGAUUGGUUUACUUCCCACCAAGUUAUACUAUCGCAUACCGGGGUUUAUGAGGAAAAGUUCAAUUUUAACAGCACAAACAACGCAAAAUAGUUGAAACUUUUGAUAUCGUUGGAAAGUCGAGUCUACUGAAAUGAAGAAAUGGCAAACUUCGGCGAUUAUCCGGGAGAUCUCACACUUUAAUCGGGAGACCGGGAGAUACGGUUCAAAAUCUGGAGUCUCCAGGAUUAUCUGGUAGAGUUGACGGCACUGCUUUACCGAAUAGCUCUUCGUAGCGACACAAAAAGCUAUUGGGUAUUGUGUGAACACACCCUUAAAGAUCUGCCUCAAAUGUUAAGAAAUACACAAUUUACAAAUCAUAUCCUUGUGUAUACAAUACUUUGUAGCAAACAUUUUAUUUUUAUGUAUCGACUCAAUAGACACUGCUUUCUCUCUUUCAGUGUGAAUUCUGUGGCAAAGUGUUCUCAGAUUUUGGAAGUCACAAACGUCAUCUUCGCCUUCACACGGGGUUCAAACCCUUUACAUGUGAGCAGUGUGGUAGAGAUUUCACUCGCUUGGACAGCUACAAGAACCACAUAAGAUUACACACAGGUAGGAAAAGUCUAGCUGCAAAAUUCACCAGCUUGACGAAAAGUUUCGGAAAAUGUUCUGUUACUUUCAGUUGUAUAAUAUUGCUAGUUUACAAGUGACUCGACGGCUGCCAUAUGUCCUGAAAUACAAAGGCGUUUUUCAUUGCUAAGACUACUGUAGUAGGAAUGAAAAAGGAGUGUAACACUCCUUUUUCAUUCCUUCCCCAUAUUUAACAGCUUGUUGUUUUUUUUGUUGUUGUUUUUUAUAAAUGAAAUUAAAUGUCCUCGUAUUAAUAAGACGAGCUGCCUUACCCCCAUUUUAUAAAUUUCUCAAAACUUUUAAAUCAUCCUAGGCUACAAAAGGAGGCGGUUUUUUUCUCAAAAUAGUUUUUUCAAAGCGCGAAGCGAAGCGAAGUGUUAAAACUUCCUUUUCUUCUUUUACGUUCGUCUUCCGUGUUCUUCAAAUUAGAUAAGAAUGAAUUUUUGUUAUUUUUUAUCAGGUGACCGUCCGUAUAAAUGUGAUACUUGUGAGAAAGAAUUCAACUACCUCACCACCUACAAACGGCACUUGAACAUACACAAAGGAGAGAAACCAUUUGCCUGUGAGCACUGCGACAAAAAAUUCACCCGCCUAAAUUACCUAAAAAACCACCUCAACACACAUGCCAAACACGCUAGUCAGGAGAGUCAAACAGACUUCAAGUUCGAUGACAGUUCUGCACAAUCUCAAAUGGUCUUGGAUGGCCAGGAAGGCCUGGAUUCUAUGGAAGAGGAAACCGCUGCCCAGAGCAUACAAAAUGACAAUAAAAGCGAGGCUGAUAAAGCAGAAGGUGAUGGAGGAACGGACGCAAAUAAGGACGACGAGGUACUUGCGACUGUCGCCAAAUUCGACGGUGUAAUAGCGAUUCUUGUUCAGCCACUUCUUUAUGAAAUGCUUGUACCAAAGAAAGGAUAGGUCUUUUACAUUAUAUAUCGAGAAGUGUGGUAGCUCAUUAAAACCUCUUAUUUCGGUCGACCCCCAUAAGUCGCACGUUUGUUGUUUGUGGGCUAUGUUCUACUGUUAACUUUGAUUGGUUAUUGUUUUCCCGGCCAAUCUAGUGAGGCCUUGAUCAAAUGAGCCGGGCUUGCUAACUUUGCCGCGGUGACGUUCAUCCGGGUAACACAAGCCUGCGAGUAUGGCUUCCCUAUAUCUUNAGCACUGCGACAAAAAAUUCACCCGCCUAAAUUACCUAAAAAACCACCUCAACACACAUGCCAAACACGCUAGUCAGGAGAGUCAAACAGACUUCAAGUUCGAUGACAGUUCUGCACAAUCUCAAAUGGUCUUGGAUGGCCAGGAAGGCCUGGAUUCUAUGGAAGAGGAAACCGCUGCCCAGAGCAUACAAAAUGACAAUAAAAGCGAGGCUGAUAAAGCAGAAGGUGAUGGAGGAACGGACGCAAAUAAGGACGACGAGGUACUUGCGACUGUCGCCAAAUUCGACGGUGUAAUAGCGAUUCUUGUUCAGCCACUUCUUUAUGAAAUGCUUGUACCAAAGAAAGGAUAGGUCUUUUACAUUAUAUAUCGAGAAGUGUGGUAGCUCAUUAAAACCUCUUAUUUCGGUCGACCCCCAUAAGUCGCACGUUUGUUGUUUGUGGGCUAUGUUCUACUGUUAACUUUGAUUGGUUAUUGUUUUCCCGGCCAAUCUAGUGAGGCCUUGAUCAAAUGAGCCGGGCUUGCUAACUUUGCCGCGGUGACGUUCAUCCGGGUAACACAAGCCUGCGAGUAUGGCUUCCCUAUAUCUUGUAACCUCUAUUGUGUCAUCCGUCAAAAGGAGGGCCUGAAUCAUUGGGUAGACAGCUUUAGAUUCUGAGACGAGGACGACUACGAGUACGAGAUUUUCUAAGUAGGGUGCUUGCGAGAGAACCAGCGCCAUUUUGGCGGGAAACCAUGAUAGUAGUCGUCAUUCUACUACUAGUUUUAGCGGGAAUGUCGCAGUGGCGGGAACAAGUUUAAUCAUUUUGCGACCGGGAAGGGUUAAACCUUCUCCAAGAAAAAGAUAACCUCACUAAUUUUUCAGGUGAAAAAUUAUACAGUGAAGCUUUCCGGGUUGAAUAUUUUUCGAGAAUACGCGAAAAAACUUUAAGUUAAAAACUGCACUCGUACUCUUUCCUCGUCCUCAAAUCUAAAGCUUUCUAUUUAUUUACCAGAUCACAUGUCAGCGUGCAAAGAAAGUCGUGUCCGAUAGCCCAGGGCUAGUGGAUUUUGCUCUCGGGCUAGUGGUUUUUGUUCUUAACUUGCCCGACGGGCAAAUGCUGUUUUUUGGGAAAUUCAAAUUACAGAAGGAUUAAUCCUGCUAAUCAAAAGGGUUUCAGGGCUAGUUGAAAUGACUUGUGGGCUAGUACACACUAGCUACUACUCCUUCACUCUUGAAGGAUAAGAAAUAAAAUCUUCACUGAGAAGUGGCGAAUGAUGUUUGGUUACCCUGUUCUAGGUUCCAAAAUAGUGGGGCAAAUGGUUAGCCUGUUCCAGUCUCCAAGAUAGAGGGGAAGCAUAUCGCAGUUGAACAGGUGCAAAUUAACCUCGAUGCUCUAAUCACAGUUUUUCUCUUCUCAAAGCAACAUGCCUUUUUGUCAUUUCUUUUCAGAACGACGUCCCAGGUACAGCCAGAACUUCAGAAACAAAAGUCCCAGAUACCUCUCUGCUCCAGCAAGUUACGCAGGUUUUGGGCGAAAUCGUCCCUCAUAACCUGAGCGCCGAGGUGACCGAAGGGGCCGGCGGACCUCAGAUCGUUGUUCAAGGCGCUGACCAAGAAGGAAGUCAGUUUAAAAUCACUUUAGCUCAGCAACUUCUGCUUGCGCAACAUCUACUGAACCAGGUGCAGACACAACGGAAUGGAAGCGGAGGGACUGAUGCGGAUGAUGGAGAACCCGACGUGGAUCAGCCGCAAAUUACGACAGGUUAGUUUCGCGACAUGUAUCCUUUCGGGGGAGAGGUGGGGAAGAGCAGGAUUCUGUAGGUUGUUUUACUGUGUCACGAAAUUUAUACAAAAGUCAAACCGCGGGAACUGCCACAAAACCAGGUGAAACAUAAAAAUAACAUUAAGGGCAUGUUUACAUGAAGAUGGGGACCCCAGGUAGGUGAGUUACCCCACCUAAGCGGGUUACCUCACCUACCUGGGGUACCCCACCUCCAUGAAAACAGGCCCUAAAAUAAGGUAUAAAUAACACAGCGGAAACAAAAGGGGGAGCAGAUGGACAAACUUGAACAAGAUUGUAACAGAUUGCAAUUCUGGGAUUUGAAAACUUGUAAGCCAAACAGUUUUGUUGUUUGUAACUUUUUAAAAAAUGUUUCGGAGACGUUAUUUCUCUCACACAAAGUUGUUAUUUUGUCAUUCGCAAGUAAUUUCUCAAUUUCCAUAGCAAAUAAGGACGCGUAAUCAGCAUUAGUAACAAAAGUGAGACAGCUAGCGUUCAUCGCCAUUAUUCCAGCUUACUUACUUUGUAUAAUGUAGGCGAACUCAUCCUGGAGCUAAAAUCCUUAGAACCAUUUCCAAAUUCAGAAAGGGAAACAAAAUUUCGUGGCCGCUUAUUUUCACGACGAAGUCGUGCAGUGACGAAAGAGAGAAAUGUUCAAAAAAGCGUGCAAAGUUGUUGUUUUGCUAGUCUAAACCUAUUACUUUUUUGAAGUUCUCGUUGCCGUUGCCGUCGCCGUCGUCAGAUGUUAAGGUCCCUAAUUUGUUGAUCGGGGAUUUUCGAGACAUAUACUAAGAACCACUCUAUUCCUGAAGCCGCCUCUUAUAUACGGGCUGAGUAUUUUAACGUCCUUCGGUCCUGCUACAAAAGUUUUUCCGGUUUAUCUCCCUCUAGAAAACCUGACAUUUCUGAACACCAAUCUGAUUCUCUGGUGAACUGUCUCUAAGACAGACUCUUUGGAAGUGAUGUCCGUAAAACAUAGGAAGUGAAGAGAGGCAAGGGCCAACUCCAAGUGUCCGUUUUCUCGGGGUGUCCGUUAAGAGAGAAUCGACGGUAGUUCUUUUUUUCGUUUUUAAUAUUUCAGUGACCAUUCCCGAAAUAACAGCUGAGCUGGCAGAGCAAAUCGUCAACCAGGCAGCCGCGCAACAGGUCGCUGGAGAGCCUACGUCUAUACAGACGAGUGCGGGGGAUAUCCUUAUUCAGAGCUCCGCAGGAGUGCUACAUGUCCCUGAAGGGGCAACUGCCCAGGAAUCCGGGCAAGCAGGGAUGGUCAUCGAAACUGAAGUGGUGGAGGACUCCGGUGGAAAUGAUCAUGACGAGGUAUUUAAUGUCGCUUAGUUCUUCGCGAAUCGAAGGCCGUAAGGCGAUUUGAACGUUUCGCGUCUCACUUCGCAAAAGAGUUUGCUUUCAAUUAAUAACUUUGUGUGCAACACGGAUUUCUUGUCAACAUCGGGACCCUGUACCCCAACAAGAGAUAUCUUGAUUCAGCCUCUUGCGGGGCUGCUUCGUGUCCCUAAAGGGGGACUAGCCAGGAAUCAGGGCAAUCAGGGACCGUGGUCAAAACUGAUUGUUAAAAUGUGGAGGAUGUUACAUUUCCCGGAAGGGGAAACUACGGAAUAAUCUAGGCAAGGAGAGAUUUGGUCAUUGGCCCGAAAGUGGUUAAACACUUGAGGAAAGGUCAACAUGCCGGUACUAGUUGCUGUAGCAGGUGUAAGCUUUGACGCGGUAGCAGACAAAGGCCCAAUAUUUUUCUUGCUUGUCGUGCAUGUAAAAAUGUCUGUUUUUCCUAUUCAGGUUGUUACAGAGCAUGUGCUUCAAGAGAGUACCACUGUCCCAGUGACGUCAGAAGACGGUGUGCCGCUGGUCGAUAGCAACGCCGUAUACGUGGCCAUUGAUCCCAACCAACCUGAUGUACAACAACUUCUGGGUCAAAUUCAAGUGAUGGCGGCGGCUUCACAGGUGCAACAGGCAAAUGAAGAGGAAAGCCACAGUCUAGGAGAAAGCUAACGACCUUAGUCGGCCUAGAAACGGCUUAAAAAGUCUUUGUCCGUGUCGAUUGUUUCGAAGGAAAUCUCUAGAAAGAACUUUGUACUGAAUUGCAGAAAAAACAUCUGGUCUUGGUUGAAAAUUCCGGAAAUAGUGUUUCUGUGUUAGACCAAAAAACAUUGUACUAUAUUUUCGCAUUCUCCUGAGUUUCGCCUUCAAAUUUCCAUCACGUUGCUAUUUCAUAUUUGUGACAUGAUAUGUUUUGGGCCGCGACCAUUUCCCCAAUGUCCUUCUACCCGUUUCUCCGCUCGUUUGCGCCUUUAACUUCACCUCACCCUUAUUUCACACAGCUGCCAGC